UAGCUCGUGGCGACAAAAGUGGAGAGGAUGGUAUUCCAAUGCUACUAAAGAUCCCACGCAUGUUCGACCCAUGGGGUGGUUUCAGUAUCAUAGGAUUUGGUGACAUCCUAUUACCAGGCCUGCUUAUAGCAUUCUCGCUCAGGUAUGAUUGGUUGGCAAAUAAGACUUUCCAUGCUGGAUACUUCAUUUGGGCAAUGAUUGCUUAUGGAUUAGGUCUUCUCAUCACUUAUGUGGCAUUAAACUUGAUGGAUGGGCAUGGCCAACCAGCACUUCUUUACAUUGUUCCAUUUACACUUGGUAAAUCCCUUUCUUUAUCGUUCACCAUAAACAUAGUCCAAUGUCACUCUGCCAUUUUAAGUAUAUAA